UGGGGACCACGGCAUUUUAAUGACUGGGACAUUUCAGGAGAAACCAGUGGCUGUGAAGAUAGUCUUAAAAUCAGUGUGAACUUAAUUCUUCCACUUCUGCUCUUGCAAAGUUUACCUUAGACCUAUCGUGUGGUGGAAAUUCACCCUCCAAGAGUCUGCUCUUCUCCAGUUUUGAAUCGUUUCCUCCAGCACUGCCUUGUUUUCGAAACGAUUUGCACGCAGAUUGCCGGAGGAGGAUGCGAGAGGAAGCCCGGGCCAGGCGAGGAGCCGGCCUGCCAAGCACAUCUGGAAGUGGUUUCAGGGGCCGCCUCACCCCGCAGCCAGCGCAACGCCCCGAUUCCCAGCUGCUUCGCGCAGGGGUGGAAGAAACCCGAGCCGCUCCAAAGUCAACGCAAGCAAAGGGGGGGUGUUGGGGGCAGGGGCAGGCAUCCUCUCUUGGAAACGUAAUAUUGGCCUCGGGGCUCUCAGCGCUUUGGGCUUUCCAAUGGGAUGUUAGCAGCAGCUGAAGCAGCCCGGGGGCCAGCCACGAGCGAACGCUCUGCCCUGCAGCUCUUCUGGACCCAGGCGCCCGCAGCCUGCCCUCACCGUUCACCAGUCCCAGGCCCCAGGACCUUGGCCUUUUUCCUCCGCCCUUUGAAUGUGCUGCCAUCCCGUCCCCUGCCCAGGGAUUCUUCUCUCCAACACUGGCUGUGUGGCUCCAUCUUCCUUCCUGUCUUGAGGACAAGCCCACAGACUCCUUAAUGCCAAAGGCUUGGCUAUCUACUGCUGCAGAGAAUCCAUGACACAGAAAGUCACUCAGCCUAGGAAAGCUUACAAAGGACCAGGGGACACAGUUCCUAGGGCUUGUUGUUUUGACGGUCACAGCUUUCGUCUGCGUGAACACACAUGGCUUUGUUACGAAAAAUCAAUCAGGUGUUGCUGUUCCUUCUGAUUGUGACCCUCUGCGGAAUUCUGUAUAAGAAAGUUCAUAAGGGGACUGUGCUCAGGAACGAAACAGACGAUGACUCUGAGGCUCCUGAGGAAAUGGAGGAUGAGAUUCCUGUGGUGAUUUGUGCUGCUGCAGGGAGAAUGGGUGCCGCCAUGGCUGCCAUCAAUAGCAUCUACAGCAACACCGACGCCAACAUUCUGUUCUAUGUCGUUGGACUCCGGAACACUCUGUCUCGAAUCCGAAAAUGGAUUGAACAUUCUAAACUAAGAGAAAUAAACUUUAAAAUCGUGGAAUUCAACCCGAUAGUCCUCAAGGGGAAGGUCAGACCGGACUCAUCAAGGCCAGAAUUGCUCCAGCCUCUGAACUUUGUCCGCUUUUAUCUCCCUCUGCUUAUCCAUCAACAUGAGAAAGUCAUCUAUUUGGACGAUGACGUAAUCGUACAAGGUGACAUCCAGGAACUCUAUGACACCACUUUGGCCCUGGGCCACGCGGCAGCUUUUUCGGAUGACUGCGAUUUGCCCUCCGCUCAGGACAUGAACAGAUUUGUGGGGCUGCAGAAUACAUACAUGGGCUAUCUGGACUAUAGGAAGAAGACCAUAAAAGACCUUGGCAUAAGCCCCAGCACGUGCUCUUUCAAUCCCGGCGUGAUUGUCGCCAACAUGACGGAAUGGAAGCAUCAACGUAUCACCAAACAACUGGAGAAAUGGAUGCAAAAAAAUGUGGAGGAAAAUCUCUACAGCAGCUCCCUGGGAGGAGGGGUGGCCACCUCCCCGAUGCUGAUCGUGUUUCAUGGGAAAUACUCCACCAUCAACCCCCUGUGGCACAUACGGCACCUGGGCUGGAAUCCAGAUACCAGAUAUUCGGAGCAUUUUCUGCAGGAAGCAAAAUUACUCCACUGGAAUGGAAGACAUAAACCCUGGGACUUCCCUAGUGUUCACAACGACUUAUGGGAAAGCUGGUUUGUUCCUGACCCCGCAGGGAUAUUUAAACUCAAUCACCACAGCAGCUGAUGUAACGACAUUUUAUAUAUUCCCUGUAUAAAAAUGUGGAAUUGUCCAUUUAUAGCCCUACUAUAUCAUUGUUCUUUAUGAACAGUACCUUUGGUACAAAUGAUCCACAAUGUAAAACACAAAGACUACUGUGGGCAAAUAGUACCCUGGAUUACGUAGGUACUGAUUCCUUAAGUGUAAGUGGUAAUUAUGGAAAUCAAGAUGAUGUGAGUGAGAUAUAUUGUUGGAAGGAAAUAAACCCACCUAGGUUUCAGCAAUCAACUUGCUUAACUUUCCAUGACAACCUGUACCCACAAGUUUUUUAAAUUUCCCAAUGUGUUUUUCACACAUAGGUAUUUUUUCACAGGUUGCCAGUCUUGUCUUUUGUAAAACAACAAACUACAUUUAAAACAUGAAUGUAUGUAAAAAUAAAAGAUAUGCAGAUUUUUAAAUGA